AUGUACGAUUGGCUGGUGAUGAGCUUGUCAAUCAUCGCUUUGACUGGACGUUGCCGCUGUGGCGAGAUGGAGAAGAUAGAGUGGAACGUGGUCAAACUGGGAGGCAAAGACCUGUGCAACACGAACCUCAUGGUAGCUCUCGACUCUCUGAGGAAAAGAAGAGUCGUCGGAUUGCCAACAGACACUGUCUACGGCUUCAUCGCAGACGCUACUAGACCUCGUCCAAUAGAAAAACUCUACAACAUCACAGGACCACUUUUCAAAGACGAUCCGAUCACGAUUGCUGUAGAAGACAUCACUCAGUUGUCUUUGUACGCGGACAUUGACUAUUUGGACCGAGGCAUGAUCGGACAGCUUCUUCCAGGAAUGGUGACAGUGAUUUUCCGAAGACGUCCAAAUGUUCUUCCCUACGUGAAUCCCAACCAUGAAGUCUUACCUGUCAGGAUACCUGGGAAGAAGGGGAAAAUCUUUUUGCGGAAAGUUAUAAAAGAUUUUGGAGCACCUGUUGCACUCGUGGGUGCAAGGACUGUACCGAGGCCACAUAGUAGAGUUAUAGAGGAUCUAGAGGAUAUUAGACUGAACGCGUACGUUGUGUAUGACGGGGGCAAGUUGGAGCGGCGCAGGAUGGAAGGAAGUACGAUAGUCGACCUCAGUGUUCCAGGAAGAUACAAGAUCCUGUGGCCAGGAUGUGUCGAGAAUGCUGUGCUCAGUGUGGUGGCUCGGUAUGAGCUGGAGGAGUGGACGGAAGGACCUAACAUCACAGUGUUCAACCCUACCUAGCUUCCUGAUUGGAUGCGUCCUGGUAUUUCGCUGAUGAGGGAACAUUUCCCUUGUUAAUUCUCUCGGAUGAAGAUUGAGGAUGUGUUGAGAGUAAGUCUCAUAGGUAGGUAAUGAAAAUGGUGAAG